UGUGUGCGGGGGGCUGCUAGUGGGUGCGCCUUUGCAUAGGCAGCCGAGCGAGUCCUCGCGCCCUUGGCAACCCCGGGCCAAUUUUAGUUUCUCGGGAAAUGGAAACCGAAACUCUCCUCCUCCCCCGGCCCCGCCGUCCCGUUAUCUGCUCGCUAAAAAGCCGCCGGCUCGCUCUCCGCCGCGCACUGAAGCCUCGGAGAGGAGCGCCUGUCCGUAACGAUGAUGAUGAUGCUCUCUCCUCCCCGCCACCUGCUCAGCCUCCUGCUCCGCGCUCUGGCCGCGCUCUGGAGCAGCCUGGCGCCCCUCUGGCACUGGGGGGCUCCCGGACGCCGCCAGUGCCGCCUGCCCGCCCCGGAGAAAGGACGCCCCUCCGGGACGCCGGUGCCGCUGAGCGUCAACUACCACUUCACCCGGCAGUGCAACUACAAGUGCGGCUUCUGCUUCCACACAGCCAAGACCUCCUUCGUGUUGCCCCUGCAGGAAGCCAAGAGAGGGCUCAGCUUGCUCAAGCAGGCAGGCAUGGAGAAAAUAAACUUUUCAGGAGGGGAGCCAUUUCUGCACGAGAGAGGAGAAUUUGUUGGGAAGCUGGUCCAGUUCUGCAAGGAAGACCUUCAGCUGCCAAGCGUUAGCAUUGUGAGCAACGGCAGUAUGAUUAAGGAAAGAUGGUUCAGAUGCUAUGGGAAAUACUUAGACAUACUUGCAGUGUCUUGUGAUAGCUUCUGCGAGGAAGUCAAUGUUUUGAUUGGCCGUGGGCAAGGGAGGAAAAGCCAUGUUGAGAACCUCCAAAAACUGAAGAAGUGGUGUCAAGAUUAUGGUGUGGCUUUCAAAAUAAACUCCGUGAUUAACAGAUUCAACAUGGAAGAGGAUAUGAAUGAGCACAUUAAAGCUCUGGAUCCUGUCCGUUGGAAAGUAUUUCAGUGCCUGCUCAUCGAAGGAGAAAACACAGGGGAAGAGGCUCUGAGAGAAGCGGAGAGAUUUGUCAUCAGCGACGAAGAUUUUGAACGAUUCCUGCAUCGUCAUAAAGAUGUCUCGUGCUUAGUGCCCGAAUCUAAUGAAAAGAUGAGAGAUUCAUACUUAAUUCUGGAUGAAUAUAUGCGGUUUCUAAACUGUGCAAAUGGCCGGAAAGAGCCUUCCCGAUCUAUCCUGGAUGUAGGUGUAGAAGAUGCAAUAAAAUUCAGUGGAUUUGAUGAAAAUAUGUUUUUCAAGCGAGGAGGAAAAUACAUCUGGAGCAAAGCAGAUAUGGCACUAGAAUGGUGACCCAACCUGCCUAUUUACACAUGUGCACUGAAACCAUGAACAGUAUCCAUUUCUUCCACCCUCGAGAGAGAACGAUAUGAUUUUCUUUUUUAAAAAAGAAAAUUUCCUGCAUUUUAGCUUCUUUGGGUGUUUGGCAGGAUUUUAAUGACUGUGGACUGCUGCAAGCAAAAUAGAUGUACAUUUCCCCACAAGUGGGAAUUGGCUUUCAGUCACUGUAUAUUUAAAUAAUGGCUUGCACCAGCAACAAAAGCUGUGUAUACAUUGACUUGGAUAAAACAUCUCCCCAAAGACUCAAACCCAGAAGAAGAUUUGAACUGCCACACCAAGUCUUCCUAAGCCUUUGGGUUUGUGGAGGACGACUACAUAUUAACCAGCAAUACCUAACGUCGGUGAGGCUUAAAUGUAUAAAGAGGAAGGCCCAUGGUGUCAAGGACACAAGCGCUCAGGUACUUUUUUACAUGCACGCAGGCAGCUGUCAUCAAUAAGUUCAGAUAAAUGCUGUUAAGCAAAUCGAAGAUAUAGCCGGGCAUCAAGCAGAGACAGACAUCACUGGAGCAUUACUAAAUUACCAAGAGUGAAAAGACUGUCUUCGGCGAAGACUUUAGCAAUACGGUACAUAUGAAACUAAAUGUGCUACCGCCAAAAAACGGGGAAACUCUCAAACGGACUAAUGGCCCAACAGUGGCUAAUGUGGCAUUGGAACUCAACAGAACAAAUAAAAUGGCACAAUCUUUUUAAAUAUAUAUAUAUAUAGGUGUGAUCGCCAUUUAUUUAAUACACCAGCAACGAUCCGUUAACUCUGGCUGGACACACAGAGCUUUAUUAUUUUGUAAAAGGAAACAAAAAUUCAUAGAAUUGUAGAGUUGGAAAGGACCCUGGGGGGUCGUCUAGUUCAACCCCCUGCAAAUUCAGGAAUAGGCAGCUGUCCCAUGCAGGGAUCGAACCUGCCACGUUGGUGUCAUCACUGCCAUCCUGAGCUAUCUGGUAACUUCCAGAUUAUAGCUCCAGCUAUUGAGAACACAGAAGCUAGACUACUGAUGGGGGCAGAGUGUGCUGGCAGUGUGUGACUACGCUGCUAGAUCACCUGCACUGGCUGCCCAGGUUCAAGUCUCUCAUAUUAAUAUACAAAGCCUUUGAACUACUGUACUUGUGUUCAGGAUACCUUAAGUGCUCCCUGAGUCCAUUCAUCCCAGCUCCAUCACUGAGAUCAUGUGGAGGAGCAAGAUUUGUCCCUUGUGUUUCAGAGAUCCAAGUGGCGUCGGCUUGAAGUCGGGUGUUUAGUGAUGCUAAAUGUGUGGGAUUUUUUUUGGGGGGGGGCUAUAGAGUUGUUUUUAUUUCUAUUAUGUAUUUUGUGGUUUUAUAUCUUGAUUUUAUUCUGUGUACAGCCCUGAGACCCCCGGGUAUAGGGCGGUAUAUAAAUUCAAUAAAUAACAAUAAUAGAUGCUAUGGAAGUUUUAUUAAGGUUAGGCAGGCACCUUGAAGAUUAUUUUGUCUUGUUUUGUUCUGUAUAUAUUGUUGUACACCACCUUGAUGUUUCUGAUGUGACAUAUAAAUACUUUUGUAAACUAAUACAGGUGAAUGGUCAUAAAACUGGAAAAACCAUUGCUUGUUUCUAGUGCUUAUGUAUUUUUUGUGUGUGUUUUUAUAUUGUGAUUUUAUGUUGAAACCACCCUGAGAACUGUGGGUAUAGAGCAGUAUACAAAUGUAAUAAUAAUAAUAAUAAAAAAACAAGUACAGUCAUACCUCGGUUUAAAUAUGCCUCGGUUUGAGUACUUUCAGUUUAAGUACUCAGCGGACCUGUAUGGAAUGGAAUAAUCCAUUUUCCAUUACGUUCAAUGGGAAAGUUUGCUUCAGGUUAAGUACAGACUUCCAGAACCAAUUACAUUCAUACCUCGGGUUAAGUAAGCUUCAGGCUGAGUACUCCGCGGACCCGUCUGGAACAGAAUAAUCCACUUUCCAUUACUUUCAAUGGGAAAGUUCGCCUCAGGUUAAGUACGCUUCAGGUUAAGUACAGACUUCCGGAACCAAUUGUGUUUGUAAACCAAGGUACCACUGUAGUGUUGUUGUUUUUAAUAAGAUGGGGGAUUACAUGCGCUUGUAUGUGUGUGUGUGAGGGAUGGAAGUAAAAGCAAUAAAUAAAAAUGGCUGUUAAAAGAGAAGG